AUGGCCAGGGGCUUUGAAUGGAAGUGGCGGGUGCUUUAUUGCAGUAUACUGUUGGCCUUACUGGGUUUCUGCACUGUGCUGCUCCGCUUGUGCGGUGUACUGCUCCAUGAUCUUCAUGGAAACUUAGAUCGGAACUUGGAUCUGGGAGCUUGGCUGGGACUUUGCGUUGGAGUCCUGCACGUCCCGGGUUCUUCUGCCGGGUGGCGCAGCUCCUGGAAUUGCACGAUCCUGCUUUGCGGGUUCUUCACCGUGCUCUCUGUCCUCCUCGCAGGGUAUCCAUGCGUGGUUUUGGCAUAUCCGGUUCUCAACCCGCCGGUGAGGAACCCCAUCUUCGCGAACGGGCAGCAGACGCUGUCUUUCCUGCUGCUCUCGUUGAUUUGGCUUUGCUCCAUGCUGAGAACGCACCCACGAUCCACCUACGCACACGAUGCAAAGUGGGGCAUGUUUGCAUUUUGGCUUGCGGCAGCGGCACAGCAGGUCGCAGGCAUUUGUUUUGACCUGGAAUUGAUUGCCUACUCGUUCUCCAUGUUUCAAUUCGGUUGGGGAGUGCAGUGUGUUGCGCUUGGCUGGACUCUCCAUCUCUUGCAAAUGCGAAUGACGGCAAUCCGUUUCGGCCCGGAUGGGGGAAACUGCGGUUUGACCUCUGGUUCGAACAUAUGGAUAGUGGUCAUGUGUUGCAGUUGGCACAUCCGCCACACUUGUGACUUAGACCUGGAGAAGACUUGGCCGGUCAUCCUUGUCAGCUUACUAGUUCUUUGUACGGUUUGGGUUGCAUACACGACACUGACAUGCAAGAGGCUGGUGGUUAACCUGAGGCUUCUUCUGCAGGAGGCGAAGCGCGUUCGAGGGCCUCCUAGGAAGCAGGCGAUCUGGGCCGCGCAAGUUGUCGGCAUGGAAACGCUGAUUUGCGCAACGCUUGGAUUGACGAUGUGUUGCUAUGGUGUGAUCUCGGCUAUGUGCCUUCGUGCGGAAUUUGGUCCCGAGACGGAGGAAAAGUAUCUGCUGAUACAACACAGAACCUUUGUUGUUCUUCUGAUUAUUCAUAUUGACUGGGUCGUGAAUUCACUUGGACUGGGCCUUCUGUCCGGGAUUCUCUGGCAGGGGCGCCCUCCGGAUGGUGAGCUGGAGCUGGAGCACCCCCUCACCCGCGGACUUAUCUCUAUGUCAAGUCUGCUCGCCCCGACCGAACAAGAAGUCUACGACCAGGUGGUGAAGCAGCUAGCAAGCCGGGGCUUUCGCUUGAGCGCACUUCUGCACUUCUGGGAAGGACUUCUCGAUGGUCAGGUGAUGCCAGGCUUUGAUCCCCGACGCUCCUUGACACACGAUGUGGUCCGACGUGCGAUCAUCCCGGAAUCCCGAGAUGGACAGGAUGGAUUUGCCCUGGCAGCACGAUGGUCCAGCACAGAGACAACCGCGCAAAUCAUGGUCACGCACAACUGGAGCAACGGCUUUGGAAGCCUCGUCGCGGCAAUUUUGGCGGAUGCUUUGGGGCUUGCUGCUUAUGAGAAGGUUGCGGAGAAGAUCGCUACGAAAGUGGGCGUUGAAAAGGUCCGGGCGAAGUUGCUCGGGAAGCUGGAGACGACCUACUGGGUGUGCGCGUUUUCUGUGAACCAGCAUGCCAAUAUCUGUGCCAGCUUCGGGUCUGAACCGCCCCAGGGGACGUCUGAGUGGAGCGCUUGGGAUAGGAGGCGGUAUGACUCAGUUACUGGUCAUGCAUUCCAGCUUUGCAGUUGUCAAGUGGAGAAGGUGUUCAGCCACAGAGACGCAAGGUGUGAACUCAACAAGUUCGAUGACAUGAUGACACACCUAGCGCGGGAGGUGGUGGGUUUCGCACAGCUCAUCGUCGUCGAUGACGCCUUCGAUGUGCUCUUCCGGGCAUGGUGUGUUGCAGAGAUAUUCGAGGCGAGCGUGCUGGGUAUGGAACCUCGAAUACAGGUGCCGUCGCAAUCUGCUGUAGAUCAGAACUACGACAGGCUUUCGUUGUUAGAUGUUAGGCAAUGCACAUCGACAUCUCAAGCCGACAAGGAGAUGAUCAUUUCUAAGAUCUCAGAUGUGGACGUUUUUAACGAGAAAAUCCAGAAGAUCGUCUUCAGCGAAGAGAUGGGCUUGUUUGCACAGUGGGUGGAUGGGAACGAGCGCUCUCGACAAGUCGGCCGAAUUGUGCGGCGCUGUAGGGUGCACGCAGCGAGCACCGUGGAGAAGCCUGUCUACCGUUCUCGCAGCUGCUGCACGUCGCUUCGCUUGCUCACGAUUCCAGAUGGUGACUCUGACUCGUCUUCCGACGACUCUGAAGAAUCUUUGGAAGCAGCACGGAGAGCGGAAGCUUCAGAUUCGUUCUCAAGCACUUCCUAA